CUUCGACACCCCAGCUUCUGGGCUCUACACAAAAUGCUGUCGUCCUCUCUGCGCCGGGCUGCAUGGGCUCCCAUGGGGCCCAUCGCCGGUAUAUCUCGCGCGUCUAGUCAAGCUCUUACUACCUCCGCGAACGGCCUCAUCGGCUCGACACAUGUGCGUCAACGCCGAUACUCCUCCUCGUCCUCGAAGCCUAGUGAUGGAUCUAAUAAAGUCGAUGCUUCCUCUCAGACGCCUGCCAAGGGAGUAAACUCUGCAGAUAAGCGUGAAGGAAAAGCCUCUAGACGGCGAAGCAAGGACAGCAACGGUCGCAAUGCUUCCAAGCAGCAGACAGCGUUUUCCCGACUCCCCAGUGUGCCUUCCACCCAACACCUCCAGCCACAUGAUGUCCACGUCGCGUCGUUUUUCUCCAUCCACCGACCCAUCUCCGUCUCCACGACCAUCCCUCCCACCUCCACCCCCGAAGCUUUCGACGCCAUCUUCACCGCGAAGAAAUCGGCCAAGCCCGAGGUGGACGAUAUUAUCUUCACCCUCUCGUCCGCUGUCGACUCCAUGGAGGACCCGGCCCACCACGCAGGCGCCGAAGAAGAGGGCUCCCUGCACUACAUCGACAUGAAGGGCAACGGCCUGCCCGAACUGAAAGUCUCCGUCGACGAACUCAUGAGAGGCCUUCGCCCCUUCCACCCCCCGCCGCCGCCUGAGCCGAGGGCCGCGAGCGUGGAGAUCCAGGACAAGGAGGACGAGGGAAAAUCCACCCUUUUAGCCCUCCACCAGUUGAUCGACGCCAGGAUUGCCGCCUACGAGGCCCACAAUGGGCCUCUACUCCCGGCUGAUAACAUGGAGGCCCCCGGUGCCAUCGGCGAGGCCGAUGCUGUCGUCGAUGUCCCCCACAACUCCGGCACCACCUACAUCGAGCGUCUGCGGAACAACAGCACCAUGCACGCCAUCAGCACCAGGAGACGGCGUAAGUUGAAGAUGAAGAAGCACAAGCUCAAGAAGCUGCGGAAGAGAACGAGAACCCUGAGACAGAAGCUCGAGAGGUCCUGAUUGAGGUCCUUAGCUGUUGUUAUCUGCUACGCUACCACUACAAUCCCAAUUUUUCUCUCUUCUUUCUUCCUCUUAAUCGCCCUCCCUCCCUCUUGAUCUUGCCACAGGUGUCUUCGUCGGCAGUCCUUCUAGACUCUCACCUCACAUGAUCGCUUGGCUAUUUAUCUCUCGCUUUGCGUUCCUGCGUGUGUAUGGCUGUGCAUGUUACCUACCAUAUGCCAUGCCAUGCCAUGCGCUCUCUAGGUUCUUAUGGCGUCAUUUAUCCAUCCCAAUUUCUUUUCCGCUUGAAUAUUUUAACCUCCCGUUGCAUUACCUCUCUCGAUAGACAGUACUAUGUUACAUAUUGAUCUUUCAUACCUGGCUUUUCUUUUUUGGUCCAGCUGAAUAUCCUUAUUAUUCACGCUAUUUCUAAAUAUACAUCCUGCUUUCUUGGGUCCUG